ACAAGCGCCGUCCUUAUCUACGACUCUCAACAACUAUGGACGAUACCAAUACCAACAAUUCGUCGACGUCAACAAUAACUGCAAAAAUUGCCUCAAGUAAAUUCAGGCUGGCUAGAAUCGAAAUGAGCCGGUCUAUGGAGUUCUUACAGUCACAGAUAGAAAGAGGGACCCAUAUUAGUUCUUUGAAGACUUUGGCGCAGAAAACAGAAGACCGAUUAGAACAAAUGAAAGUAAUAGCAACCGAAGUGUUCGCAAAUGGAUCUUCGGAAGAGAACGACGACGCUAUGGAGAUAUGUGCAUGUCUUUCACGACAACUUAUAGAGCUAACCCACAACGUCAACACUCUAGGCGAAGACUUAACCAGCUGUUCUGGUUCUAAUACAAUAAACGUAAACAAAUCGACGCCUGUAUCCCGGCGAAACCCCUUCGUCAAGGACACUUAUGCCGAAAAUCACUUCACUCAGCCCUCUAGCAACCGCGUGAACAAUUCAUCUGAUGGAGAGCCAAUUAACUUACAGAACGACAUGCUACUUCACCAACACUCAACCACCGACGUACCGCAAAUAUCUUUGAACCACUCUGCAAACGAAUCAUUGUCUAGAGAGUUGACCUCUCUAAGUUCUCAGUCAAGAGAAGAAAGCUUGGAACAAAAAAGGUUUACAGGAUAUGAACAAACUAUUCAACCAACGAAUCAACUACUACUAACAUCAGUACACCAAGCAUUGCCAGACAACUUACAUUUGAAUCGAAGCCAUGAUUCGUUUCAGUUUUCAGCUCCAGCAGUCCAUGCAAAUCUCCACGAAAAAUUUUCAUUGGAAUCUUCAUUUGCUUAUUCCAAUCGUCAGCAACCAGGAAACGCUAUACAAACAUCAACUUCAAAGGAAAAUAAUUUCCAUCUAACUCAUCAGAAAAAUUUAGAGCAGUAUACAUCUCCCCCUACUGUCAUACAAGCGAAUCGGAACCCGUUUGCUCAAAGUCACUCGGUUGAACAGUUUCAAAGAACUUUGGAUUUGAACAACCAAGUAGUGGAUAGUCAUGGGUUUGAUAAAAAUCAAUUAAACAUUCUACAUGCACAUCAUUGUCAUGAACCGGUUUUCAACAACCCGAUAUCAACACACUGCGAACAGAAUAGAGACGCGCUUAAAGAAAAUCAUUCAGGAUACCUCAUUCAUCCUAACUACAACCAAAUUCCACCGCAUCUGCUUGUGCAAAACCAUCCCUACAACCAGAUAACGGAUACUCACGUUGGUAAUAGCUACCAAACAAACAAUCUUCCUACGCAACAUCAUCUUGAUCAGGCUAUAAAUAAUCCAAUUUCAUCAAACAGGCAACAGAAUAGAGAUCCAUUUGGAGAAAGUAAUUCAAAACUUUUCAAUUAUCAGAAUUACAACCAAGCUCGACCCAUUCCAACAAUGCACAACUCUGAAACUUACGCAAGUUUUUUACCCGGACAAGAAAAAAUUGACUAUAAGUUUUCUGUUAAACUUCCUCCAAUUAAGCUACCUAACUACGACGGAGACCCGAUGGCUUACCACGACUGGAUAAACAUGUUCCAGGCUACAGUUGAUAGGAAUCAUACAAUUAGUGACACUCACCGGAUGACUUAUCUACAGGAUUCGGUGUCAGGAAAAGCAAAAGCACUCAUCAAAGGGUACUCAUGUAACCCUGCUUUUUACAAAGCCGCACUGAGGGACCUUCAAAAUCAUUUUGGCGACUCAAACUAUAUUGUAAAUGCUUUCAUUCAGCAAAUUGAAACUUGGCCGUCCUCAACUAGUAACAAUCGUUCAGUUGUUUCAUUCGCAUCCUUUUUGAAACAGUUAGUUCGAACCUUCCAAAAUUUGGGUUUUCAAGCAGAUUUGCAUUCUACAGCUUUACUCAAACUUAUCAAAACUAAAGUUCCUGACAAUUUACUUAUGAAAUGGACUGAAUACGCUGUCCGUGAAAAUGUUCAAAACAACAACGUACAAUAG